CACACGCACACGACAAGCCACAGACAGCUGAGAUCCAUAGACACACACACAGACACACACACACGAGACAGCCACAGACAGCUCAGGCCUGCAGGAUGUCAAGUUCUUUAGUGGUAUGUGAGGUGGACGCAAGUCUGCAGGAAAAGCUGAAGAAGUUUCGCUUUCGUAAGGAGACCAACAACGCCGCCAUUCUGAUGAAGAUCGAUAUGGAGAAGCAGCUGGUGGUCCUGGAGGAAGAGUUUGAGAAUAUCACACUGGAUGAGAUCAGAGAAGAACUUCCAGAGCGUCAACCUCGGUUUAUAGUUUACAGCUACAAACUGACCCAUGGGGACGGCAGGAUCUCGUAUCCUCUCUGCUUCAUCUUCUCCAGUCCUGUGGGCUGUAAACCCGAGCAGCAGAUGAUGUACGCGGGCAGUAAGAACCGUCUGGUGCAGUCUGCUGAUCUCACGAAGAUUUUUGAGGUUCGUAAUCCAGAUGACUUGACUGAGGAUUGGCUGAAGGAGAAACUUUCAUUUUUUCGCUGAAAUGUGACCGGCAACGUUCUGAUUUCUGAUCAGACACUCUUUAUAAUUGAAAUUGUUGAAAAUGUUUUAUUCUUUUUAAAGCUAUUGAAUCAACGUUUUGUCUGAACAAUACUUCCAUUAUCAGAAUAAACAAAUGUGUUAUCGAA